AUGAGCCGUAUCGUGAUCCAUUAUAUGCACGGACGUGGAUUAGUAUUUAAUGUCGAUGAUUACUUAAAGCUGCGAUUUGAAUACCGAAUAAUAGGAAACCUGAUAGGCGUUCCCGUUUCUCAUCCAAGGGAUACUAAUCAACAAGGAAUGCCAGCAGUAUUGUCAGCAUGUGAACUUAAAUUUCUGUUAGAAAAGCAGAUAGUACAGCUGAUAGACAAAAAUAAAAUGUUGCAAAAACCGCCGAACAAUGAACAAAUUCAGCUCUACAACAAUAUAAUCGAUCGCCAAAAAGAGGAAAUGCGAUUGCCGAUCAUUGAAAAGAGAAUGGAAGCAUUUAAAAAACAUUUACCACGGAUUCUUGAGGGAAAAAGGAAGAAACUACUUAAAUCCGGUCUGAAAGAGCAAGCCCUACAACUAAACGCUGAACAAUUGGUCCAAGAAGAAAGAGCAAAGAUACAACAACAAAAUCUCGAUACGAUGAUACAGAUCCCUUUGAAACAUCCUGUACUAGUAGAUUUUUCAGAAGCAUCUAUUGAUUUAAGCACUGAAGAACGUGUUAAAUAUCGCGUCUAUGAAUCUUUAUGGAACGAGGGCGGUUUCAUCACCACAGGAGAUUCGUUUGGUUGUGACUUUUUGCUUUAUCCUGGAGAUCCUAUGUAUUUUCACGCAUCACAUAUGAUACAUGUAUUACAUAAUGGUUCAUGUCAAAGGACAGAUGUAAAAUAUCUUAUACGUUUGUGUCGACUUUCGGUGGUAGUGAAUAAAUUGUGUGUAGUCGCUUAUGUAGAUGAAGAUACAAAUGAAGUGCACUUCGAAACUUUAGAAUGGGAAGGCAAUGUUAAUAAAGGAGAAAUCAUUUAA